AUGGCACUGCCUGCCUGUGCAGCCCCGGCGCUCGGGCCGCCACUGCAACCGGAGCGAGGAGCGCCCGCCCGCACCACCUGUCCCCGCCGGCAUUCCAGAGGGGAGGCCGAAUUGGCAGUGAGCCGGCUCGGGUCGGUCGCCGCCUCAGUCGGCGCGGGCCCUCCUAGGGGUGUGUCUCGCGGAUUCAACUCUCGCCCGCUCCUGGACGAGCCCCUAAAGGCGUCUUCUUCCCUGGCGGGAGCCGCGCGCGUCCCGCUCUUCGCGCUGUUGCCCCGAGGCCGCCGCAGGCGGAUGCACGACCUCAGGCGACGCUGGGACCUAGGCUCCCUCUGCCGGGCCCUGCUCACUAGGGGCCUGGCCGCCCUGGGCCACUCGCUGAAGCACGUGCUCGGUGCAAUCUUCUCCAAGAUUUUCGGUCCCCUGGCCAGCGUCGGGAACAUGGAUGAGAAAUCCAACAAGCUGCUGCUGGCUUUGGUGAUGCUCUUCCUAUUUGCCGUGAUCGUCCUCCAGUACGUGUGCCCCGGCACAGAAUGCCAGCUCCUCCGCCUGCAGGCGUUCAGCUCCCCGGUGCCAGACCCGUACCGCUCGGAGGAUGAGAGCUCCGCCAGGUUCGUGCCCCGCUACAAUUUCAGCCGCGGCGACCUCCUACGCAAGGUGGACUUCGACAUCAAGGGCGAUGACCUGAUCGUGUUCCUGCACAUCCAGAAGACCGGGGGCACCACUUUCGGCCGCCACCUGGUGUGCAACAUCCAGCUGGAACAGCCAUGCGAGUGCCGCGUGGGGCAGAAGAAAUGCACUUGCCACCGGCCCGGUAAGCGGGAGACCUGGCUCUUCUCCAGGUUCUCCACGGGUUGGAGCUGCGGGCUGCACGCCGACUGGACCGAGCUCACCAGCUGUGUGCCCGCCGUGGUGGACGGCAAGCGCGACGCUAAGCUGAGACCGUCCAGGAACUUCCACUACAUCACCAUACUCCGAGACCCGGUGUCCCGGUACUUGAGCGAGUGGAGGCAUGUCCAAAGAGGGGCGACAUGGAAAGCAUCCCUGCAUGUCUGUGAUGGAAGGCCCCCAACGUCUGAGGAGCUUCCCAGUUGCUACACUGGUGAUGACUGGUCUGGCUGUCCCCUCAGAGAAUUCAUGGACUGUCCCUAUAAUCUAGCCAACAACCGCCAGGUACGCAUGCUGUCUGACCUGACCCUCGUAGGCUGCUACAACCUCUCUGUCAUGCCUGAAAAGCAGAGAAACAAAGUCCUCCUGGAAAGCGCCAAAUCAAAUCUGAAGCACAUGGCAUUCUUCGGCCUCACUGAAUUUCAACGGAAGACCCAGUAUCUGUUUGAGAAAACCUUUAACAUGAACUUUAUUUCACCAUUUACCCAAUAUAACACCACUAGGGCUUCUAGUGUAGAGAUCAAUGAGGAAAUCCAAAAGCGUAUUGAGGGACUGAAUUUUCUGGAUAUGGAAUUGUACAGCUAUGCCAAAGACCUCUUUUUGCAGAGGUACCAGUUCAUGAGGCAGAAGGAGCAUCAGGAGGCCAGGCGGAAGCAUCAGGAACAACGCAAAUUUCUGAAGGGAAGGUUCCUUCAGACCCAUUUCCAGAGCCAGAGUCAGGGUCAGAGCCAGAAUCAGAGUCAGAACCCAAAUCAGAAUCUGACUCAGAAUCUGAUUCAGAAUCUGAUUCAGAAUCUGACUCAGAGUUCAAAUCAGAAUUUGAGCCAGAUUUCGAGCCAGAAGGAGAACCGGGAGAGCCAGAAGCAGAACUCGGGCCAAGAGCAGAACGAUAGCAACACCAGCAAUGGCACGAAGGACUACAUAGGCAGUGUAGAGAAAUGGCGUUAAAUGGAUCAGAAAGGCUUGUGCACAGUUCUCCCAAAGUGCCAGUAAAAAUAUGGCAGAUCUUAAAAGAUGAGAGUAUCCAAACACAUCCUGCUUCCUUCAUUUGGGAAGUUAAAAAAAAAACAAGUGAAGAUGUUGCCUUUACAGUUGCCUUUCAAUUAAAUGUUAUGCUGUGUGUGGGUAAAACAAAUCUCCAUAUAUAAUUAAAUUGUCUAUCUUUGGUUCGUUGGACUAUUUAUGAAAUCCAAAAGCCAAACCAGACUCACCAGAAAUUGCCAUUUAGAUAUUUUAAGACGUUCUUAAAUCAGUUAUGGAGACAAAAGGAAAACAUAAAAUGUGACCAUUUAACUUAUGGCUAAGAAAUGGAUUUUAAAUUAUUCGUGAUACACUGUUAAAACCCAAUCUUGGAAGCAAAAAAAUAAAUAAAUAAAUAAAUAAAUAAAUAAAUAAAAUGAAACUGAAACCUUUUAUUUUCUUCUGAAUUUUAACAACGAAUCAUUUAAAUAGAAUAACAGCUUAUGGUAAAUUUUACCAAACUGUGGAAAAUGAGAAAUUUCUCUCCCAAACAUAGGUGGUUUUAUGUAAAAACAUUGGCUUUUCAAGUAGAACAGAACUCGUAUCUUGUUAUUUAAGAGAUAUUUAAAAUUUUAAACUUUUUCUACUCUCUGCUGGUUAAAGGUUUUAAACAGGGUGUGUCUCAUAUUCAACAAAAUAACUUUUUUUUUCCAAAUGGAAUACCAAUGUAAAGAUCUAAUUUCCAGACACUUUCAGGGCACUGUAAUUUCAACAAUUCUGGAAUAUUUUUGGCGCUACUUUUCAUUCAUUUGAAGGCUCCUCCAAGUUGUGCUUAUUCCAAACUAACCCAUUUAUAGAAUCUUUCUUCAUUAUCUAAAUGGCAUGUUGCUGAAUUUAUUGUGGUAUAUAAUCCUGGAUAAAAGUCAGGACUUUCUAUAGAAUUGUCUUAUCAAUGUUUGCGUAGUGAGGUCCUUAUCAAGAAACUCUUGAACAGGGUAAUGUGUCUAAAAAGAUUGAUGAGUUUAUUCUUUAUCAGAAAAAAUUGAAUCUGAAUGUGAACUGCUAUUUACUUUUUGUACAUGUUUAUUGUAAUGUUUUCAGUUUGGGUGGCUAUUUCUAGCCCUUUAGUUCUUUUUUCGUGUUGACAGAUGUAGAAAAAUUACAGGAGCAAAAAAUGGUCGAAUAAGCAUUGGGAUAGCCGGAGUUAUUCAGUAACACCCCAAGGUGUAUCUCGAUACUUUGGAUUAACCCUUCUACCAGAUUCUGUAUUAAGAAAAAAACAAAAGGAAAGAGUGUUUGGCAGUGUGGUUAUGUAUCAUGAGCAUAUGAGUUGAGAAGAGUGAUUUGGUAGCAUAAGUUUAUGCAAAAAUACUUUUAAGAUGUUGAUUAUGAAUUGAGCAAGGUAAAAAACAAACAAUGUAGCUCACUGUGCUGUCAAGCAGCAUGAUUCUGGGCAGUUUCCAUUUUACAGGUUUUGCUACAUUUUUGUAAAGACAUACACUCACCGCCUGGCUAUCAAUCAAGCAAGGUGACUGGAAGUGGCAUUUCUGUUUUCAGGAGAUAUGCUUAGAGGUGUGACCAUAAAGUCACAUCUUGUACUGUCUUCUCACUUACAUGAUCUAGUUUCAUCUGUAAUAAUAUGGUCACAAUCUGGACAACACACUGAAUGUUUGGGGUUUAAAAAUGAAUAUUCUUGACCCUAGGCUUGUAUCAGUAUAUCAAAAUUUUAUUUUGCAGUCCUAGAAUGGGUGAGAACUGAAUAACUGGAAGGAAAUUUUGAAAAAUCAAACACAUCUUGAAGUCAAAGUGUUUUAGAGUGAACCUAUUUUGUGUACAGUGUGUUUUGAAAAUAGACAUUCUCUAGAUCACUAUGGUAGUUCAAUUUUGUUUAGUUUUAAUUGGAAAUAUUUGUUCCUGAAAUUGACAGGUACUGUUAGGAAGCAGGAUGGAGCACAAGCCAGUGGAAAAGCUUGUUACAGGAAAAAAAAAACAUUUUGUGUAAUUGCUGUGGUGUGCAUGGUUUGCAGAGAUUAAGUGCAUUUUCUUUGUCUAUACUGAUUAUUGUAUAUAAGGGAUGUUAUAAAUAUACAUUUUGUCAUCAUCAUGUAAAUUCCAUGAUUUCAAUUGUAAACAUCAGUCCAAUGGUGUAGCUUUACAAACCAUUCACUGAUUUUGUGUAAUUUAACAAUAGAUAUGAAAUAAAGUUUAAAUUACAGUC